CGAAGCGUCAGCGGAGCGCCCCGCCUUCUUGGUCGGCGCGGCAGGGGGCCCGGAAGAGCACGAGGCUUUUUUUUCCUCCGUCGUGGGGGCGUUGCCAUGGAGACGCCGGCGGCAGAAAACCCAGCCAUCUUCAUGUGUAAGUGUUGUAACCUUUUCUCGCCAAGUCAGUCGGAACUCCUCUCGCAUGUUUCUGAGAAGCACGCAGAAGAGGGCGUGAGUGUGGAUGAGAUCAUCAUUCCCCUGAGGCCUCUGAGCACCCCCGAGCCCACCAACCCAGGCAAAACCGGAGAUGAGUUUUCAGUCAUGAAGAGGAAGAGAGGCAGGCCAAAGGGGUCCACGAAGAAGCCCAGCCCCGAAGAGGAGCUGGCGGAAAACAACGUUAUCCCCAGCGCGGACAGUCCGCGGGCCCCGGAGGAAGGGGGCAGCCUGGCUCCCAGCAGCCUAGAGUGUAGCAAGUGCUGCCGGAAGUUCUCCAACCCGCGCCAGCUGAGGAAGCACAUCUGCAUCAUCGUGCUGAACCUGGGCGAGGAGGAGGGGGAGGCAGGUAAUGAAUCUGACCUUGAACUGGAGAAGAAGUAUAAGGAAGAUGAUCGAGAAAAGGCCCCAAAGAGGCUGCGGACGCAGAGAGCAGAGAAAGUCCAGAAGGUCUGCUCAGGAAAGGAGGUUGCACAGGUCUCCGGAGCUAAGAAGCCCAUCAUAAGUGUGGUUUUAACAGCACAUGAAGUGAUUCCAGGUGCUACCAAGAUUGUUCCGGUGGAGGCCGGGCCCCCGGAAACAGGAGCCGCAGACCCUGAGGCCACGGCGGCCGACCUGGCGCCCCGGAGGGGGUACCAGGAGUAUGCCAUCCAGCAGACACCCUACGAGCAGCCCAUGAAGUCGAGCAGGCUCGGGCCCACCCAGCUCAAGAUCUUCACCUGUGAGUACUGCAACAAGGUCUUCAAGUUCAAGCACUCGCUGCAGGCCCACCUGCGGAUCCACACCAACGAGAAGCCGUACAAGUGCUCGCAGUGCAGCUACGCCAGCGCCAUCAAGGCCAACCUCAACGUGCACCUGCGCAAGCACACGGGCGAGAAGUUCGCCUGCGACUGCUGCUCCUUCACGUGCCUGAGCAAGGGCCACCUCAAGGUGCACGUGGAGCGGGUGCACAAGAAGAUCAAGCAGCACUGCCGCUUCUGCAAGAAGAAGUACUCCGACGUCAAGAACCUCAUCAAGCACAUCCGCGACGCGCACGACCCGCAGGACAAGAAGGUCCAGGAGGCCCUGGACGCGCUCUGCCUGAUGACGAGGGAAGGCAAGCGGCAGCUGCUCUACGACUGCCACAUCUGCGAGCGCAAGUUCAAGAACGAGCUGGACCGCGACCGCCACAUGCUGGUCCACGGCGACAAGUGGCCCUUCGCCUGCGAGCUCUGCGGCCACGGGGCCACCAAGUACCAGGCGCUGGAGCUGCACGUCCGGAAGCACCCGUUCGUGUACGUCUGCGCUCUCUGCCUCAAGAAGUUCGUCAGCUCCAUCCGCCUGCGCGCCCACAUCAGGGAGGCACACCGGGCUGCCCAGGAGACCGUGGUCUUCACCAGCUCCAUCAACCAGAGCUUCUGCCUCCUGGAGCCCGGCGGGGACAUCCAGCAGGAGGCCCUGGGUGGACAGCUGCAGCUGGCGGAGGAGGAGUUUGUGUUCCAGGGGGUGAACGCGCCCAAGGAGGCCGCCGGCCCUGGGGACGCGCGGCCCGAGGAGGGCUCCGAGGCCCCCGCGGAGGUGCCCGCCCCGCCGGUGCGCUCCGCCGCGGCCCAGGCCGGCAGCGCCACCCCGGCACCCUGCCACGAGCUCCCGGUGAAGAGCGACGGCGCCUCUGCCGAGGCUCUGGCUGCUCCGGAGAAGAACGUGGACGCCCAGCAGGGAGGCGCCGCCCCGACUCAGGACCAGGACUUCGCGCCACUGCUGACCAAGGCCAAAGGCGCCCAAGCAAACCCGGAGGCCCAGGGCACCCAGAGCCCCCCGGCCGAGGGGCAGAAAGUGGCUGCCCUCCCAUCCGACGGUCCAGAUCCCAGCAGGGGUCUCCGGUCAAACCCAGCCGAGGCCUCAGGCCCACCUCCAGGAGCGGGUGGGAGGGCUGCGGCCCUGUGCCAGCCUGACUCUUGCCCGCCCGCCCCCGAGCACCGGGCUGGCAUCACUGCGUUCAUGAAGAUCCUGAACAGCUUACAGAAGAGGCGCAUGAACACAGGCCUGUGCGAGAGGAUCCGGAAGGUGUACGGGGACCUGGAGUGCGAAUACUGUGGCAAACUUUUUUGGUACCAAGUGCAUUUUGACAUGCAUGUCCGCACCCACACCCGGGAACAUCUGUAUUAUUGCUCCCAGUGUCAUUAUUCUUCCAUCACCAAAAACUGCCUUAAACGCCAUGUAAUUCAGAAACACAGUAACAUCUUGCUGAAGUGUCCCACUGACGGCUGUGACUACUCGACUCCAGAUAAAUAUAAGCUGCAGGCACAUCUUAAAGUUCACACUGAGCUGGACAAAAGGAGUUAUUCUUGUCCUGUGUGUGAAAAGUCUUUUUCAGAAGAUCGAUUGAUAAAGUCACAUAUCAAGACCAACCAUCCCGAGGUUUCCAUGAGCACCAUCUCCGAGGUUCUCGGGAGGAGGGUCCAGCUGAAAGGGCUCAUUGGAAAGAGAGCCAUGAAGUGCCCGUAUUGUGAUUUCUAUUUCAUGAAGAACGGCUCAGACCUUCAGCGUCACAUCUGGGCUCAUGAAGGUGUGAAGCCUUUCAAAUGCUCUCUGUGUGAGUACGCGACUCGCAGCAAGAGCAACCUCAAGGCCCAUAUGAAUCGUCACAGCACUGAGAAGACCCACCUGUGUGACAUGUGUGGCAAGAAAUUCAAGUCAAAAGGGACACUGAAAAGUCACAAGCUCCUUCACACUGCUGACGGGAAGCAGUUCAAGUGCACGGUGUGUGACUACACGGCUGCCCAGAAGCCACAGCUGCUGCGGCACAUGGAGCAGCACGCCUCCUUCAAGCCUUUCCGCUGCGCCCACUGCCAUUACUCAUGCAACAUCUCCGGCUCCCUGAAGCGGCACUACAACCGGAAGCACCCCAACGAGGAGUACAGCAACGUGGGCACUGGGGAGCUGGCGGCCGAGGCACUCAUCCAGCAAGGUGGCUUGAAGUGUCCCGUGUGCAGCUUCGUUUACGGCACCAAAUGGGAGUUCAACAGGCACUUGAAGAACAAGCACGGCCUGAAGUUGGUGGAGAACGAAGGAGACCCCAAGUGGGAGCCAGCAACAGAAACUCCGGAGGAGCCCUCCACCCAGUACCUGCACAUCACGGAAGCCGAAGAGGACGUCCAGGGCACGCGGGCUGCGGUGGCCGCGCUCCAGGACCUGAGAUACACCUCGGAGAGUGGUGACCGACUUGACCCCACGGCUGUCAACAUCCUCCAGCAGAUCAUCGAGCUGGGCACCGAGACCCAUGACGCCACCGCCGUUGCCUCGGUGGUCGCCAUGGCACCAGGGACGGUGACUGUCGUGAAGCAGGUCACCGACGAGGAGCCCAGCUCCAACCACACGGUCAUGAUCCAGGAGACCCUGCAGCAGGCCUCCGUGGAGCUGGCCGAGCAGCAUCACCUGGUGGUGUCCUCCGACGACGUGGAGGGCAUCGAGACGGUCACCGUCUACACGCAGGGCGGGGAGGCCUCGGAGUUCAUCGUCUACGUGCAGGAGGCCAUGCAGCCCGUGGAGGAGCAGGCGGUGGGGCAGCCGGCCCCCGAGCUCUAGAGGACACCCGGCGUGGGACAGAACCCCGGGCUCUGCGGGGCGCCCGGGACACGCGGGGCGGGGAGGCCCCGGAGCAGCCCUCUCCACGGUGGGCGCUCUGCCCUGCCCUCCCUGCCCCGGCGGCCACGUGGGGCUCUCCUGGCCCAUCUGUGGGUGGGCGAGGGAUCGGCACCAGCAGCACGGGAGGCCCGCCCCCAGCACAGGCACACACCCUUCCCCCACGUCGUCUCUUUCCCAAACACGGCCCGUACCGCGUAGCCCCUUUGCUUCACGAUUCAAACAGAGACCCCCAGUUCUCAUCAGCAUCUUCCCUGAAUCACAGCCCAACCAUGGACUCCCAUCUAGGUGCCGAAUCUUUAUCUGGGACUGCUCUGCAGCCUGGUGACCGGGAGACAGCCAUCACAGAGAAAGUGACCUUAUGGUUUUCGAGUCACCUAUGAGAGAAAAGAGGGGAGGGGCUUAUCGACACAGUUCAACCCUCAAGCAUCAGGGACGCUUCUUAUCAUGUGAAGUACCUGUGAUUUGAUGACCCUCCCACUCCCAUCCCAGGUGGGGGUCUCCACGUACUAUCUGGGAAUUCUUUUGCUUUUUAAAUAAAUGCACUUUUUCCUGUUCACCUCCCGUUCUCAGGAGCCGAGGUGGAUAGAAUAAAAGCAUCCUCCGCUUGAGGACUUCUGCUCCUCCGUUAGCUCGGUGGGUUUACCUUUUCCCUUCCCAAAUCAAAAUCUUGGAUUUGGGCCCCACCCAGGACCACCUCCCUCUGAGUCCCAGGCCCUGAAAGUGGGACGGUGAUGCCCGUCGUCCCUCUAAAGCGUUAGCCUUGCUUUGGGGCCGCUGUUUGAGGUUAAUGGUCUCGCCUUCCAUUGUCCUGGCAUUGGGUUUGCUGCAGCCGAGGUGUGGCAGCAGCCCCUCCCUGCCUUGGGAGGAGCAGUAAACCGACAGUCAGGGGCCUUCGUGACACUCUCUCUUCUGACUGAUCUUUUAGUCCAGGUGCUUGUGAUAAAUCCCAUACCUUUUGGCGCCUCUGCUGUGUGACAGCUUUGUGGGGGCACUGAGGCGAGUCCUGCUGCCACCUGUCCAGCCCUGGGGUCUCCUGACAUCGUCACCCACCAUCCAGCUCACUGAGGUCAAGAUUUUUUUCUAUCAAAUGAAAUUUUAUUUAAUUUAUAGUGAUUCUAAUCAAUUGUUUGAAUAAACCAUCCUUUUUAAGGUGUAAAAUACCAAGCUAUUGCCCCAUGGUUUUAGAUUUUCACAUUUCUAGACUAGGCAGUGAAAUCAUCUACAUUACAUAGGAUGGCUCACAAAAGUGUCCAUCUGCAACAAAGCUUCUGAUACUAUUUGGGUGCUAAA